AUGCCGACGAACCACGACCUCGACCUUUUCCGCCACACACAACCCAACCGCGAUUGUGAGCGCAAUCCUGUUGUCAGCAUGGCUCCCGGCUACUGGUACAUUAAGCGUGAGCAUGAUGUGAAGAAGGACAUCACGAAAGGUAAGGCCAAGCCGACCGAAUCUAACAAGAAGUCCUUCUGCUCUUUACCAGGCGAACUGCGCAAUCGGAUCUACGCACUCGCCUUCGAAUUCCCUGGCCCUCUCAAGGUUUCCAUCUCGCAGGUCGACGGCGAGCGGGAUAUACACUUGUAUCACCAGAAGGGAGAUGGGAAUGAUGCAUUGUUUGGAGGCAACGGAGCUCUGCGCAGGACUUCUGAGCCGAACCUACCUCGUAAGCACAUAUACACGAGUUGGUCACGUACAACGCUGACGCAUCUUUCAGACUUACAACUAGAGAAAAACACUCUUGCCGACACAGAGGGCUAUUUCGUUCGUGCCCACAUCCCGGCUUUGGCGCUGUUGCGGACCUGUCGGCAGGUCUAUGUCGAAGCUGCUCCGUUGUUCUACUUCAACAAUACCUUCAUUGCGACGCACAUCAACCGCCUUGAGAUCGCCACGCAACCGCAGAGCUUCAGUGUCACAGGCCCAUUCCAUGAUAAGGAGGGUGUAUGCUUCGCGGCUUGGGCAAGCUGGACAAUGAGCUUGGGCUCACACAUCGGUCUCGUUGACCCCAACAAAGUAAUCAUUGACACUGAUACAAUUUGCCCGCCGACAUGUAACGUGGAAUCACAUCUGGAAAUUGCCUUUCAAGAGAUUCCAGGCGUGGAUGCGGCUCAAAUGCUGAACGCCACUCCUUUAUUGCUUACCUGCUGGGCCUCGGAUGUUCCAUACAACGUCUCUCGUUUUCACAAUUUGCCGCCCUCAGAAACUCAGCUCGAUCAUGGGGUGCUUCCAGGGGCUCCAGGAACGGCAAGCGGCAUCGUCAUUGAUACGUUGAACGACACCAUCCAGCGCAUCUUGGCGAACGAGCUCAAAAUCAAGGACUACAAGCUGCUCCUUGGUAUGGUUGGCAUCGAUAGGUCAGGCCGCAAUGGUAUUGUCUUGUACAGGACAACGAAUAACCACGGCCCUUGUGCUCGUCGAAUGCUCAAUGCUAUACCCGAGGUCAACUGCUUAGGUUGUCCUUUCUGCCAUUCGGAGGAUGAUCGUUCUGCUCGAUAUCACUCAUGCCCUGCCACGUAUCGGGCGUUCCAUCGCGGUCGCACUGGUGUCUUGCAAUGGGAUUCGGAAGACGGUUGCUUCGAGCCACAUUUGCACAAGUUGCCACCUCACAUCCAGAAGGGGAUCUUCCGAGAGCUCUUCUGCCCUCAUGGAGUUGUUGCGUUCCAUGUCAGCGAGCAAUACAGUAACAGUACGGCCGUUGACUUGAUGCUUACAUCAACGUCACUCAAGCGCGUCGUCCAAUCUAUCGUCUGGCAGGACAACACGGUGGAGUUGGUUCAUAACUCAACGCAUCAUGACAGAUUUGUCUCUGACUUUGACUCAUUGCGCAAUUGGGUUUAUGUAUCCGGUGCUUUGAUAAUACACAAGCAUCCAACCCGGGUGUUGGAGCGACUGAACGAGACUGAUGUGCAUAUCAAGCUGGUACCUCACUUUACCUGCCCAGUAUCUUUGGGUGAGAUGCGUAUCAACAUCGCCAAUCUCAUCUUCGCCACCGCACACAUUCACAACCAAUAUCAAGGCCAACAUAGGAUGGUCAUCAUCGAGGCGCGUAUGUACAAUACCGUUGUCCUGAAACGUUUCGCGUUGCAAGACAUUCGUCGCAAGGCUCUCCACGUUCUCAAGGAGAUCAUGCCGCUUAUGGAACACACCGCAUGGUUCAAGACUUACCCCAGCAUGUGGAUGAAUGGCUUGGGCGAAGUGUUUCCAGAGUGGACGGAGACCUCCUUGGGACCAUUAGUGCCGGAGCCUUAUGCGCACUCUCCUAAAUUAUGCCAUACACUCUUGAGCAUGAAGCUUUACCUUGAGCUUAUCCUCCGCCAUGAGCGAGAUGCCAGCACUGCAGCUAAUACAGGUAUGUUGUCACACCCCAUUACUAUGAUUACUUACCUAACCACUGUACAGCAAAUUUUGGUCCUCGUCGUUGCCUCUGUUACGCUUGCAGGACCAUGGACUGGGGUCCUGGUGCUCGCACAUAGUCUGCCUGUCAGGACGAGCAUUUGGGUCCCUUCUGAGCAGCGCGGCGCCUCAAGGUAUGAGCACGCAUGGUAUCGUUGA